AUGAUGAUGACUGAGUUUAUCACACUGGGGUUUGGAGACCUCAAGGAAUUGAUUCCCUUGCUCUUCCUGCUGUUUGGCAUUGUCUACAUAGCCACCGUUUUGGGGAAUCUUCUCCUGAGAGGUUCCAACAUUCUACCCAGGAUGCUGGUGGACUUGUUGAGGGAAAACAGAGUGAUCUUCACUGUGGGUUGUAUUAUUCAGCUCUACUUCUUUGGGAACCAGGUGUCAGCUCUCAACAAAAGCUUCUCUUUGUUCUAUAUUGUUGUUAGUCCCUUGUGUAAUUUGCUUAUCUACAGCCUCAAAAAUGAAGAUUUCAAGGAGGCUCUGAAGAAGCUGAGAAUUUGA